AUGGACAGAAGGGGGUCUCCCAGGAGGGAAUGGGGCGGGUGGAGUGAGCUAGAUGGGAAACAAGCGGGGCAACGUCCCUUGCUAUAAAUCCAGAACUAACACCGGACAAGUCCAAGCCUCAUGACACUCCCUUCGAGUUACCCAGGGGAGUGGGUUGAGUUGAGCCUCCGCCUCCUAGCAAUAGUAGCACCAGCAAGCUCAGAAGGCGAAGAGAAGGACUUGUAGAGGACAGAGAGACUGCACUAAACGAGAAGAAGGAAAGUUCCACCGGUCCGUAGGUGUACCACCGCGGCCACCUCCGCCCAGCGAGACACGCGCGGAGGCUCUCCUGUGUUGGUAUCAAUUUCCUGCACAGCCUCUAGCAAAACUGAUCACAAUGAAUCUAAAUAUCUCUGCAGAAGAGACCGAUAAAAAGAAUCCCAUUGACUGUCCCUCCUUGGGAAGACACAGCUACAUUUUCGUUAUGGUUCCGACUGUUUACAGCAUCAUCUUUGUCAUUGGUAUAUUUGGAAACAGCUUGGUUGUGAUUAUCAUUUACUUCUGCAUGAAACUGAAAACUGUGGCCAGUGUAUUUCUGCUUAAUUUAGCUCUGGCAGAUCUGUGUUUCCUAGUAACUCUGCCAUUGUGGGCAGCUACAACAGCCAUGAAGUACCAUUGGCCUUUUGGCAACUCCUUGUGUAAGAUUGCUUCAGUUGCAGCAACCUUCAAUAUGUAUGCCAGUGUCUUUCUCUUGACAUGCCUCAGUGUAGAUCGUUACUUAACAAUAGUGCAUCCCAUGAAGGCCCGCCUUCGACGUACAAUGCUUGUUGCCCGGGUAACUUGCAUCAGUAUCUGGCUAUUGGCUGUCCUUGCCAGCUUGCCUGUUGGGAUUCACCGCCGCGCAUAUGUCCUUGAAAAUGAAAACAUCACAGUAUGUGCUUUUUGGUAUGACACACGCAGGAAUUCAACCAGUCGCAUAACUAUCAACAUUGGGUUAGGCCUAUCUAAAAAUAUUCUGGGCUUCUUAAUUCCUUUUGUGAUCAUUUUAAUAAGCUACAUAUUAAUCUGGAAAACUCUGAAAAAGGCUUACCAGUUUCAGAAGAAUAACGGCAGAGGUGAUGACAUCUUCAAGCUGAUUGUUGCAAUAGUUCUUUUUUUCUUUUUUUCUUGGAUUCCUCAUCAAAUAUUUACUUUUAUAGAUGUGCUGAUUCAGCUUGAUGUGAUUAAGAGCUGUGAUGUUGAAGAUAUUGUGGAUACAGCUAUGCCCUUCACAAUCUGCUUAGCUUACUUUAACAACUGCCUGAAUCCUAUCUUUUAUGGCUUUUGGGGGAAAAACUUUAGAAAAUACUUCCUUCAGCUACUCAAAUAUAUCCCUCCAAACGUCAGGCAUUCCAGUUUGUCGACAAAGAUGACUUCUCUUUCUUAUCGACCGUCAGAAGAUUUAAUCCGCAAUUCCAGACAAAAAGGAUCUCUGGUUGUGGAGUGAUAAUAUGGCAGCACAUUUUUUGCUAUUAGUUGGUCAGAGCGACACUACUCCUCUUCUGCAGGGUUGGACCAUCUGAAAUAUUUCAUCCUUAUGAAAACUGGGGCCUACCUUCAUGUUAUGAAGAGGAACAUCCUAAACAAAGAAUGCAGGCAUCUUGCCUUCCAGUGUCAGAGUUUGGUGGCAGAUAAUGUGUGGUAGAACAUCUAAUCCAUCUACAUGUAGAAAAAUCUCUGAAAUUAUCUUGUGUUCUCUUAUACAUAGGUGUUCUGUAGAAGACUUGUUUCAGAGUCCUGAGAGGAAAGGGAAAGGGAAAGGGAAAGGGAAAGGAAAGGAAAGGAAAGGAAAGGAAAGGAAAAAGGAAAGGAAAGGUGUAUUUCAAGAAAGUGAAAGAACUUCCUGCUUAACUAUAAUCAAACCCUCCCUGUACUAUAUGUAAUUACAUACACCUAUCUUCUUCAGAGCCUGAAAAGUACAGAACUGAACUCAUGUAUAUCAGUAAUAUCAUAAAGUUUUGAAAUAAGGGUAAAAAUUUAAUCAAUAUAGAAUGAAUCCAUAUUUAGAUAGAAUAUUUUUCUAUGUUCAAUUAACACUUGCCACAUAUACAACUAAAGUAUCACAUUCAAAAUACAGCACUGUUUCUAAAUGUAGUUGAACAAAAGCUUCAUUCUGAAGUUAUUUCCCUCUCUGAGUUUUUGGCAAAAUAUAUCUGUGGAAAAUUUCUGUUUACUUUCACACAAUUUUAACUGCCUUUCAGAAGUAUUACUACAUCACUGCUAUUGUUUAUUUAGUACAGUUCCUUUCAAAAUGGGUGUUAAUACAGAAAGGUUUUGAUAAUACAACCUUUUCUUACUGGUAUCUUCUAGAUGAUCCAGAUUACAGCUAUAAUGACUGCUGUACUAUCAGCUCUGUGCAAUGUAUCUGGGAGACACUUUAUAGGUCAUAACCUGCAUCUUGACUUAACUGAAUUCAGAAGCAAACUGGCAACCAAUAAAGCUUGCAGAGCAGAGGUUCAACAUGCCUCAGUCUUGUGGUUCAUAUAACUACCAGUGCCAUCACAUUUCGCACCAGCUGUAGCUUCUAGAUACUUAGAUUCCAGGGAGAUGGGAGUCACAGGGCAACUUGAUACACAGAAAAUGUCUCACAGGUACUCAAAUUUGCAUGUGGUAAAUGUGCAUUUGGGAAUUCAAGGAGGUUGAACUCUACAUAUCUUAAAGUUGCCAAGUUUGACAAUCACUACAGUAGGACCAACCAAAUAUGGGUGAUGCCAAAAAGGCACUCAUCCGUCAUCCCUGUGGACAUACACACAUGUGUACACAAAUAAAUAGACAUACUAUAUUAAUGCUUUAUAAUAUAUGAACAAGACCCAUUAAAGUAUACAAAAAACGAACCAAACGAAUACUCAGUGUCUAGGGCUAUGUCAGCAAUAAAGAGGUAUUGAUAGUAUAGAAGAGGAGUGUCAAACUUGCAACAUCACAUGACGUGUUGUGAUGUAUCAUGACUUUUUUUUCCAUUGCCAGGAAUGGGGUGGUUGCGGUUUUGCCAUGAUGCAUCUGGCUCGCGGGCCGGCAGUUUGACAACCUGGUAUAGAACUUCUGGUAGGAUCAGUAGGUAUUAAAAUCAGAUGGAUUUAUUUUCUAAUUGCAAACUAAGCACCUGUGCUGUCUAUAUUCUUUUAGCAUCUGUUAUCAAUCCCCAGAGCUAUAUUUCUGUGUAUACUUUUUGCAUACUUUUAAAUCUGUAAAACACUUAUUUUGUGCAAAGAAAAUCAUGCAGCUAUAAUUUUACAUUAAUUAAAACUACCCUUGAUCAUAGUGAGGAUUUAUAUCCAGUAUUUUAAUUCAGUAUCAGUAAUGGUCAAAUAACUGCAAGCAAAGGAGCCAGAGAUUAAUAGUCAUACCCACUGCUGGACUUAUCUCUGUCUUUUUAACAGAACAUUGGAUCAGUGCUUCUAAGGCUAUGUAAAACUGGCUAUCUUAGUCUCCAGGUGGUAAAUCCUGCAUUGCCAAACAGUCAAAGGAUAUGGAUUACUUGUUUAACAUUGCUAUAAUGGUAUAUUACAACUUUCCUUUAAGAAAAAUAUAUAUUCUGAUAACAUCUGCUUUGAAGAUAGUAGAAGGAUCCUUUAUCUCUAUUAACAUCUCUGUGGGUGCAAGACUUUUAAUUAAAACAUUACUUUAAUGCCUUUAAGUAAAACAUUGUGUUCCUUCACCUGUUACAAUACCAAUUCUUCACUCUUGGUGAUGUUGACUGGAACUAUUAAGAGUAUAGCUUAGCAAUAUAUUUAAGAGAAAGAUGCAUCACACUGUCAUAAGUCAUCAAGAUAUAAAUAGAAAAGGAGAAUUCUGUUGUCCGAAGCAUUCUCUUGCAUAAAGAUUCCCCAAACAUGAAGGACUCAAAUUACAUAGAGAAAAGAUAGCAUAUGAUGUCCAGAUGUUCUACUGGAAAGUCUAAAGUAAAGUAGGAUGCAUGCAUGCAUCAAUAAAAGUAGAACUAUUUCAUAAGCUGAGACAAAAUUUUAUUUAAGUCUUCGAUCACAUGACAAAGGUAGUCAAAGUAGAACUAUUUCAUAAGCUGAGACAAAAUUUUAUUUAAGUCUUCGAUCACAUGGCAAAAGGUAGUCAAUUUCAAAUGUGAGUGCAAUUGUCCUUUUUAAUUCCAACUGAACAUCUGCAUUUGUUUCUUAAAGGAUCAACAUAAAAUUAUGCAUUUACUUUUAUUGUCAUCUUCAUUUCAAAAUAUCAUCUUGAAAACAGAUCACAUUGCUCUCUGUUUAAACAAAAAACAUACAUCAAUUCUUUUUAUUUUCAGUUAUUGCCACAUCUAUUAGAAACACUUUUUUUCUGCUGGCAGAAUUAUUUUUAAAUGUUGGCUUGCUAAAUUUGUAAAUGAAAUUAUAUUUAUUUCUAUUUAUUAAUAACAGUACUUUAUUCUACUCAUUUCCUCCCAUCAUGAAUGUAAAGUAAUUUCUUGGAUAUUUAGUAUAAAAUGUAAACAUCCACAGAAUGGAUUAACUUGCAGAAAGGUAACAAUCAGUUGGUGAUACAGAAAACAUGCAAAACAAAAUGUAUUUUUUUAUGAUAUUUUGGUUAGUGAUUCCACAAUAAUAUAUAUUUGAAAACAUUGAUAUUAGAAGUCUGUUUAAAGUAUUUGUGAAUUAUCUAUGGAUUUAAAUUUCUUUUAAUAGUUUCAUCCUUGCACAAUACAAAAAUAUUCAUUGUAUCUGAAAUUUAGUUUCAUGUUUGAUACAUCUAAUAUCAAAAGCAAACAAAUUGUUAAUGUUUGUAGUUUCCUUAUAUUUCUAUAUCUUAUGAAAGCUGUGAAAAAUAAAAUUCAUAUA